GUUUUCGGCCCCGCCCCCGGCACUGGACGCCUGGUCGAAAAACCCUCUCCCCUUCCGUUGGAUCGCCGGAAGCCUCCGCCAUCCGCCGCUGGGCGGAGACAAUAAUCAUGUCGGAGGGUCCUGUGCCCAUCGGCUGGCAACCCGCUGUUUCCCGUGGCUCUCCGCCGCCGCCGGUGGAACUCAUCGUUUCCUCCUCCUCCUCGCGCGUGACGCCGCGGCCCCCUACGGUGAUGCAGACGGACGAUAAUGACGCUUCCGGCGGCGGUGAUGGGGGAGCGGAGAAGUUCAAGGGAUUUACUGAUGAAGGCCUGGAGGAAAAGAUCCGUCGCAUGCGCAGUUCCAAGUUCAGUAUAGUCGAUGGCGGCGAGAAGCUUCGGAAGUUCGUCUGCCAGAUGGAGAAGGAGCUUGAUCGCCGCCGCGCAGCCGGGCCGAUGAAGGUCAACACAGGUCGAAGACAGGCGGUGAAGCCAUCCAGUAGGGAUGAUCCCUACGCCUUCAACAAUGAUGAUGAGCUCAAUGGGGGCAGUGUUGCUGGCAAAUACCAUUAUUCUGCUCCACCCAUAAAGAGAUCAGGCCAGGUUGCCGGAUUAGAACUAGGACAUUUUCUCCCAGGAAAACAAGACUGGAAAAGAGCAAGGAACGCAGUGAAUAGUGAACCAAAAAAUCGUACAGUUGGUCGCAAGAUUGCUGAUAAUGGACGUUUAAAUAUGGAUGGCAGGAAGUUAUGUUUGAAUACCUGUACCAACAAUCAACAGAAAAAUGACUCUAAUGAUGCAAAGAGCAUGUCUCGUAAAUGGGAAGAUGCCACUUUUGGGAGUUUGACCAAGAGGUUGGACUGUUCUCAGAAUUAUACCAGUGAAUUUGAGAGAUUAUCCAAUUGUAUUGAAAAAAAAGAACAGGAAAUAGUUUUCUUGGAUGACGAAGAAACUGAAUCUGCUAAAUCAGUUGAAGUUGAGAUGGAUAAUAAAAGGGAUGAGAUACCGAUCUACCAUCCUUCAAGAACUGAUCUGGAAAUUGAUGAUCUGGAAAUUGAUGAUCUGAGAUAUUCUGAGAUAAAAUGUCUUGAACCCGAAGAAUAUAUAAAUUCACCUGUUAUAAAUUAUUACAUCCAGUACUUAAAAAAUUCCAUACCUCGUGACGACUUGUUCAUCUUCACUACAUUUUUCUAUAGAAAAUUUGAAGAAGCACGAUUUAGCACGGACUCACAGUUUAGCAGGUUUAGAAGAUGGUGGAGAACUGUAGAUAUUUUCAAGAAAUCGUACAUAAUUUUGCCAAUUCAUGGACAGUCGCACUGGAGCUUGGUCAUUAUAUGCAUGCCCGCAAAGGAGACAGAAUCAGGGCCAAUAAUUCUUCACUUGGACUCUCUAGGACUACAUUCCAGUGAAGAGGUUUUUCAAGUGAUUGAGAGCUGCCUCAAAAAAGAAUGGAGCUACCUAAAGAAGGAUUCUUCUUACGAUAUACCCUUUUCUGCCAGAAUAUGGAGAAGCCUUUCAAAAAAUAUAGAUAAGCAAAUUGUUGAGGUGCCACGCCAGCAAAAUGAGUAUGACUGUGGUCUCUUUACGCUUUAUUACAUCCAGAAAUUUAUUCAAGAGGCACCCAAUAGAUUGACAAGACAGAACCUUCGCAUGCGCAUGUUUGGACGCGAGUGGUUCGAUCCUAAAGAAGCUUCGGGGCUGCGGGAGCGAAUACGAGCGCUCGUGCUUGAUGCAUUUCAGAGCAUUCCAUCAGAUGAUGGAAACCGAGGGUCAGGGGCCCAUUCCGAUGAUCACUCCGAGUGCCAUACGUCUGCGUCCCAUUCAAUCGUGGUACUUGACUCGAGCGAUGAAGAAUGAAAGGCGCCUUCUGUUUCCAACAGUUCAAAGAUCGUGUUGUAGGUUUUGCAUGAGAAUUUUUGCCAACCAAGGCUCUGAUGGCUGCAUAUCGGUUGUACAUACAGCCGCUGCUAACAGUUUAUUCCAUGUUGUUUUGGGGACGGUAAUUGUAAAAGAUGUUUGUACUCGUAGACUGUUAUAUUUUGGGUGCAGCAAAUGAUCCUUGUUGCACCCUUUUUGUCUUUAAAAAGGAAGUUUUUGCAGAAUGAAUAUUGCAGCAUAAACUGUGGGUUUCAAAUUUACAU